UCGCCAUGACUUGCUACAUCUACCAGCUGCCGUCCUGGGUGCUGGACGACCUGUGCCGCAAUAUAGACACGCUCAGUGAGUGGGACUGGAUGCAGUUCGCUUCCUAUGUGAUCACUGACCUGACACAGCUGAGGAAGAUCAAGUCCAUGGAGAGGGUCCAGGGAGUGAGCAUCACCCGGGAGCUGCUGUGGUGGUGGUCCAUGCGACAGGCCACUGUCCAGCAGCUGGUGGACCUCCUGUGUCACCUGGAACUCUACCGAGCUGCCCAGAUUGUCCAGAGCUGGAAGCCAGUUCCUGAGAGCACAUCUCCCCUCCCAGCCUUCCCAGAGGCUGUGAAGCCAGAGCCUGUGGCUACUUCUAGAAGAAAUCUCAAGGAUGAACAGGAGAAGGGCCAGCCUAUGAAGCCACACUCCUUUCUGGGCACAGGGACCACCACAGCUGGGAACCAGCAGCAGGCCUCACGCCAGCUUCCAUGCCAGGAGGAUGUCCCUUGUUCCCUGAAAACUGAUGUACCUGACUCUCCCCAAUCUAAGUAUUGCAGCACUUCCACGUCCAUCCCCAAGCAGGAAAAGCUUCUGAGUUUUCCCGGAGACAGGCUUUUCUGGAGUGAAGCAGAUGUCGUUCACGCAACUGAGGACUUUGACGAAAGCCACCGAAUCAUCGAGGGGACCUUUGCCAAUAUCUACCGGGGACAAAGGAACGGUGUGGCCUUCGCCUUCAAGAAGCUCCGGGAGGUGGCCGGCUCAAGUGCAGGGUCCAUGGACAGAUUCCUACAGGCAGAGAUGCAGCUCUGCCUCAGAUGCUGCCAUCCCAACAUCCUACCUCUGCUGGGUUUCUGCACUGGAAGACAGUUCCACAGCCUCAUCUACCCCUACAUGGCAAAUGGCUCUCUGCAGGACAGACUCUGGCCUCAGGGCGACUCAGACAUGCUGCCCUGGCCACAGCGUGCCAGCAUCUGCUCAGGGCUUCUUCUAGCUGUGGAACACCUGCAUAGCCUGGAUAUCAUCCACAGCAACAUUAAGAGUGCCAAUGUUUUGCUGGACCAGCAUCUUAACCCUAAGCUGGCUCAUCCAGUAGCUCAUCUGAGUCCCGACAAUAAAAAAACGAAGUACACCGUAAUGAAGACUCACCUGUUCCAGGCCUCAGCCGCAUAUCUGCCUGAAAACUUCAUCCGAGUGGGGCAGCUGACCAAGCAAGUGGACAUCUUCAGCUGUGGAAUUGUAUUGGCCGAGGUCUUCACUGGCGUCCCUGCGAUGGACAAGGACCGCAGUCCAGUUUACCUGAAGGAUUUGCUUCUCCGUGAGAUUCCCAGCAGUACUUCCUCAGUCUACUCCAGGAGGACAGGAAUGGGGAAGGCGGUGGUAAAAGAGAUCUGCCGGAAGCAUGUGGAGAGGAGGGCGGGGAUGCUGCCUGAGGCCUGUGAGGAAGCCUGGGCCACCGCUGUGAGUGUCUGCCUGCAGAGGCGCAAUGCCAGCGUGGAGGAGGCUCGACUCUCCAUGGCUGGGGUGGAGGAGCAGCUCCGAGGGCAGCUGUCCCUCCCUUGGAGCAGGGUUUCUGAGGACACAGGCUCAUCUUCCAAUACCCCAGAGGAAACAGAUGACGUUGACAAUUCCAGCCUCAGCAUCCCCUCUUCUGUUAUGGUGGUGUCAUGCCCAAGGGUUGCCUCCUCUCCACUCUUCACUGGAAAUGGAACAGCACAGCCAUCUACUUGUGUGAGACAGGAGGCCGACUCCUCAGAGGCUUGCACAGGCCCACAGCCGCCCCAGGACGCUACAGAGAAUUCAUGGAAAAUUGAGAUCAAUGAGGCCAAAAGAAAACUGAUGGAGAACAUACUACUCUAUAAAGAAGAGAAACUGGACAGCAUUGAGCUUUUUGGACCCUGAUGACUGGAGCACAGCUGAAGACCCUUAUUCUUAACUGAAUAGACAAAUGUCCAGUCAAGGAAGAGGUCUUUAGCUGCCCAAAGUCUGUGGAGACUCAUACAACCCCAAAUCAGCCUGAACAGAAGGAAAUAUGGCUUCAUCAGAGUCGAGUUGCAGGGAGGGGAGCAGGGGGACCUCAACUUACACAGACACCAAACCUUAGGAGGUACCCCUCCUCUUUGAGACUUCCUAGAGGACUAUGAAUUGGAACACCUUUAUGGGACCCAAGGAUUUGGGUGGUUUUGUGGUUCCAGGGAGCCCAUGUUGAUUACCACCUCAAGAGAUGCUGUUGCCCCAAAAGUUCUUGGUCCUCCACAAUGGACAGAGCAAUUCUGCAGCACCUGUGCUGUUUUCAAGUUAUCGUCUCUCAGUCAUAUUUGCAGACAGCUUUCUGCAAAUUUCCACUUCUUUGUUGUUGUUGUUGUUGUUAAAACACUUUAUUCAGAAGCUUGGGGAAAGGUUGAAGUCCACGUUGUCUGCUGUUCUGUGCAGGGCAGACCUUAGAGAUCUCCCUGUAGCUAAGAGAAAUUUCCACUUCUUAAAAGACCUUCAGCUGGUGUCUCAGCAAUGUUUGACUCAUCUCUCAAGUUCAGGACUAACUACAAACGCAGGACAGAUGGCAGAGGACUCCUUCUUCAGUUGGUGAUCUUGUAAGCCACUGGUAUUAUUUAGGAACUGCCUGCUUUUCAACUUUGUCUUCCUGUCACACCCAGGUUUAUUUUAAUGGAGACUCAGAGGUUGUGUGUUAUUUAUAGCUAGGUGAAGAAGAAUGAGAAACAGUCUCAUGUUUGAUUCUGCUGCUAGUUAAGUCAAUCACUCAAUGGGUGGUAACUCAGUAUCCUUGUAAGGUAACUGCUACUGCAUUCUCCCUGGGGAAGACUAGAGCUGCUGUACUCAGCUCUCCAGAGGAUAGGUGUAGCAGCCGUAGAAGCACUUUGAAAAUGUAUCUGUUCUGUUUUAUAAAUUAAGUAAAAGGUAUGUAGUUCACGUUUCUGCCAUAUAGAAAAUGUUUAUGAAGUGAAUAUAUUUUUGAAAAGUCAUGUUACAAACUCUUUUGUAAAACAAAGCUAUUUCUAAUUCACUAUUUAAAAAUAAUUCCACUAUAGUGACAAAAUAAAAAUGUUUGUAAUCUA